AUGACGACGAGCGGCUGCUGGCGGAGACGCUGGCUGGCCAAACUCGUAGCUGGCAAGGCCAAGGGCCAGGCUGGGGGUGCAGGCAAGGCAUCAGCGCCCGCGGCCAAGGGCAAGGGCAAGGCCGCGCACGAGCGGCCUGCGCCAUCCGUGGACAACCCCACCCCCGAGCCUAAGGGCAAGGUCCGGAAGAGGGGGGAGGGGUCGGACGUCAAAACGGCCCAUAGCAAGCGCGGCCACAGCGCAAAGGGCCCGCAGAAGCAGCAGCAGGUCGACGAGGCGGGCCCAUCAGCGCCUGCACCGGGGAAGCAGCAGCAGAAGCAGCAGCAGCAGCAGCAGCAGCAGCAGCGCCAGCCCAGCAAGGCCAAGGGCAAGGACGCGGGCAAGAAGCCCGCCCUGGCUCUCAGCGAGGUCCUGUUCGACCUGGCUAGCAGCAGCGAGGAGGAGGAGGAGGAGGACGACGCGCCGGGCAGCGAGAAGCCCGCGGGGUCGGAGGACAGCGACGACCUGGAGGCCCUUGGGCCGCUGGACAGGGCGGCCGUCCUGGCCAACCGCGCCAAGGAUUUCCAGAGGAAGCAACUUUCGGUCGUGGGGCGGGACAGGGCCGUCCGCUUCGUCCCCAAGGAGAUGAAGAGAGCCGACCCAGAGAAGGAGAAGGACAAGAAGUCCGCCCCCAAGCUGCAGCUGCCGGCCUCCACCUGCUUUUGGCCGACGUACAACCUGUGCCGCAGCCACGCCGCGAGCGUCGGGUGGCCCGUUGGCACCACCCCCUUUGCCAACCUGCUGCUGCUGGUGUACCACGAGCUCUGCUGCGCGGGGGGCCGCUACGGCGACAAGGUGAUCAAGCUGCUCACGGGGACGGAGAACGCCAUGCUGGUGGAGCCGCAGUUCUUCAAGAAGCCCGACCUGGAGGGGGAGGCCGCCGAGGAGACCGACGAGGAGGCCGAAUGA